ACUGCAAGUUAGAACACUUCUCUUAAAUUUUCUUAAAAUGAAUCGUUUCGUAGCCUUUUUCUGCCUAGUGGCCGCAGUAUCUGCCACCGAUUACUGCUCCAACUCGAUUUGCAAUAAUGGUGCCAAACAUAUUGCUUGUGGACACAGUGGACAAUUUGCUGCCUCUUGCCCAUCCGAUGCUAAAAUGGUUACUAUUACCGAUUCAUUGAAACAAGUUUUAGUUGAUGCCCAUAACGAGAAACGUAACUUAAUUGCUGGUGGUGGAGAUGCCAACCACAGUCCUGCCUGCCGUAUGGCCACCAUGGAAUGGGACGAUGAAUUGGCUGCCAUUGCUGAGCUCAAUGUUAAACAAUGUCAAAUGAAUCAUGAUAGAUGCCGCAACACUGAUGCCUUCAAAUAUGCCGGUCAAAAUCUUGCCUGGAUGGGUUUCUUCGGUGAUGUUGUUGAUGCUGAUAAAAUGAAAGAAUCUGUUGAAAUGUGGUUUUCUGAAGUUAAGGACAGUCAACAAUCCUAUAUUGAUUCUUAUCCUAAUGGCUACUCUGGACCAGCUAUUGGUCACUUCACUGUUAUGAUGGCUGAUCGUAACAUUCGUGUAGGUUGUGCUGCUUCCACUUACUCUCCUGUUGGUCAACCUUAUAAGGCUUACUUGGUUGCCUGUAACUACGCCACCACCAACAUGAUCAACUUCCCCAUCUAUGCUAGCUGCAACCAGGCUGGUACCUCUUGCACCACUGGCACCAAUCCCAAAUAUCCCAACUUGUGCUCCGCCUCUGAGGAAUAUGCUGUCAACAAAUGGUUCUAAAUGAAGUUUUACAAAAUUGUAUACUAAUGAAAUUAAUAAAAAUAACUGCUAUUUAAAUACAA